UACAAAUAAAAGAUAAAUGACCAAAAUGUUACAAAAAAAAAAAAAUAAAGGACCAAAGUGUUACAAAAAAAUAAGAUAAAGGACUUGUAGUGUAAUUUUGCCUAAAUAAUAUAAGGGUGUGGCUUUUUGUUUUGACAGCAAUAGAAGGGUGUGUUUGUUAAGUUUUAUUUUGAAGAAGUGUUUGUUAAGUUAUAUUUGUAUAUUCUAAAAAUAAUAUGAUAGAAAAAAAACUCCCUUUAUUUAGUGAACUGAAACAAAAUCCUCUAAAAUAUGUGGUGUAGUUAAGAAUUAAGAUAUUCUUUGUCUCAAAAACAAACAAACAUAGAUAAAAAUUCGUUUAAAAAGAUAAAUAUAAAUCAAAAUUAAACAAACAAAAAGAUAAAAGAAACAGAAUCCGUAUAUAUUGGAGGUGGUUGAAAUAAUCUUAAAAAUCAAAUAGUCUCUAUAAUUAUAAAUACUAAACGCAUCAUAAAAAUUAAACACAGAAAAAAUAAGGUGAGACAACAUCACAGGAUAUCAUUGUGAUGGCUUCAAGGUUUGAGAUUGAGACAACUAAGACUGUGAAAGAGGAGGAUGAGGAGAAUGAGUAUGAAGAGUGUCCUAUAAAACAAGUUGAACUAACAGUGCCAAAGACUGAUGAUCCUACAUUACCUAUUGUCACAUUCAGAAUGUGGGUUCUUGGCAUACUUUCAUGUGUGGUUCUUUCUUUUGUGAAUCAAUUCUUUUGGUACAGAACACAACCUUUGAGUAUCACUUCAAUUUCUGCUCAGAUUGCUGUUGUUCCACUUGGUCACUUCAUGGCUAGAGUUUUGCCCACUCGCGUCUUCUUUAAAGAUACUUGGUUUGAAUUCUCAAUGAAUAGAGGACCAUUCAAUAUGAAGGAACAUGUUCUCAUAACUAUAUUUGCUAAUGCCGGUGCUGGUACCGUUUAUGCUACUCAUGUUUUGAGUGCAGUCAAGCUUAUUUACAAAAGGCAACUCGGUUUUCUUCCGGCGAUACUACUCAUGCUCACCACUCAGGUGCUGGGAUUUGGUUGGGCAGGACUAUUUAGGAAAUAUCUUGUUGAGCCUGCAGAAAUGUGGUGGCCUUCUAAUCUGGUGCAGGUCUCAUUAUUCAGUGCUCUACAUGAGAAAAGUAAAAGACCUAAAGGAGCGACAAGCCGGACUCAGUUUUUCCUCCUUGUCAUGAUCUCUGCAUUGGCAUACUAUGUGUUACCAGGCUACAUGUUUUCAAUGUUGACAUCUUUCUCUUGGAUCUGUUGGCUUGGUCCCAAAUCUGUCUUUGUCCAACAACUUGGUUCUGGUAUGAAAGGUCUUGGGAUUGCUUCAUUUGGUUUCGAUUGGUCUACAAUUUCUUCUUACCUUAACAGUCCACUAGCUAGCCCGUGGUUUGCUACGGCUAAUAUCGCUGUUGGAUACGUUCUCAUUAUGUAUGUGAUGACGCCGAUUACUUACUGGUUAAAUGUCUACAAUGCUAAGAACUUUCCAAUCUUUUCAAGUAAGCUUUUUAAGGGAAACGGUUCGGUUUAUGACAUUUCGAGCAUUGUCAACUCUGAUUUCCAUCUUGAUCGAGAUGCUUAUGCAAAGAAUGGACCUGUUCAUCUCAGCACAUUCUUUGCAAUAACUUAUGGCCUUGGAUUCGCCACACUUUCUGCUACAAUUAUGCAUGUUCUUCUUUUCCAUGGAAGGGAAAUAUGGAUGCAAAGUAAAAGAGCCUUCGGGGACCAUAAAAAAAUUGACAUACACACAAAACUUAUGAAGAAGUACAAAUCAGUCCCUAUGUGGUGGUUUCACAUCAUUCUAGUUGUGAACAUAGCUCUUAUUAUUUUUAUUUGUGAAUACUACAACGAAUCACUUCAGUUGCCUUGGUGGGGUGUAUUGCUAGCUUGUGCUAUUUCCAUUACCUUCACUCUUCCGAUCGGUAUAAUAUAUUCCACUACAAAUCAGGAACCAGGCUUAAACAUUAUAACAGAAUAUAUCAUCGGUUAUAUGUAUCCGGAGCGCCCUGUGGCUAACAUGUGCUUUAAGGUUUAUGGCUACAUUAGCAUGUCUCAGGCACUAACAUUUUUACAAGACUUUAAACUUGGUCACUAUAUGAAGAUUCCACCAAGAACAAUGUUCAUGGCUCAGGUGGUAGGCACAUUCAUAUCAGUACUUGUGUACACAGGAACUGCUUGGUGGUUGAUGGGGACGAUCCCUGACCUUUGCGAUACUUCCAAACUACCAUCCGAUAGCCCUUGGACUUGCCCAAUGGACAAUGUCUUCUACGACGCAUCAGUUAUAUGGGGACUCCUCGGACCACGCAGAAUCUUCGGAAACCUUGGCGAAUACUCCACUGUGAAUUGGUUCUUCCUUGCUGGAGCCAUUGCACCUUGUCUAGUUUGGCUUGCUCAAAAAUCAUUCCCGGGACAAAAAUGGAUUCGUCUAAUUAACAUGCCGGUCUUGUUGGGUGCUACAUCAAUGAUGCCUCCUGCUACUGCAGUUAACUUCACCAGCUGGAUUGUUGUUGGCUUUAUCUCAGGGUUCGUUGUAUAUCGAUAUAAACAAGAUUGGUGGAAGAAGUACAAUUAUGUUUUGUCCGGUGGUCUUGAUGCCGGAACUGCCUUCAUGACAAUCUUACUGUUUCUUACUUUGGGUUCAAACAACAUUAUGCUUAACUGGUGGGGAAAUGAUGUUGAAGGCUGCCCCUUGGCUACUUGUCCUACUGCAAAGGGCAUCUUUGUUAAAGGCUGUCCAGUUCUUUGAUCCUUUCAAGAUUUUCAUUUGGCUACUUUUUCUGUAUAGAAUUUCAAAACUUUCAGUUCACCAUUUACUUUGGUUAUGCAUAAGUACUUAGGCUUAGAAUAGUGGUUUUAGAAUAUGCUUUUUUAGUUUAUGCAAUUUCAUUGAUGCUGUAUAAGACUUAGAUUUCUUAAUUUCUUUAAUGAAUUAUUUUUACAAGUUAGUACUAAAA